ACUUGUGCUGUUUGGGCGUUUUCCUGCCGGAGCUCCGCGGAGAGCUCCGUUACCGGACACCUCACCGGAUACCGCGCGGAAACGGUCUGUGUCCGGUCCGUCUGUGGCCGGUAUUCCUCUUGUUGUUGUUUUCUUCUUCUUCUUCCCGGAGAGACGGAGGUCAACAAGACCGGAGCAGCCGGACACUUUCCACCGGACCGGGAAACUCCGCCGACAGCGUCCAUGCAGGACCCCACUCAGGCGGUGCAGUGGUGGCUGAUCUGCUCUCAGCCUGCUGGACUGAAGCUGUAGGACUGUGGUGGUCUGUGAGGUCAUGAAGCUGCCCUGCUCCCUGCUCUACUCCCUGUGGUUCCUCCUGCUGCUGGGAGCCGGAUCUCUGCUGCUGCUGGUCCGCCUGCAGGACCUGACCGAAGUGGUCCUGCUACAGACCCCAGGUGUGAAUGUUCAGGUGGCUCCCAGGUGGCCUGUAGAGCAGGAUGACGUCACGGAUAGCGAUGCAACAGCAGGUCAGACGCCCGAUCAGCUGAAAGUCCCUGAGUCUCUGCUGGUUCUGGAGGACUCGGUGGUGUCCAAGCCGCCGGUCACUAAACGCCAAAGGAAGCUUCUCCUGAAGAGCCCGAACCCGUCUGGCGCCCCUGCAGGCAGAGAGGAGGAAGCACGCCUGCAUAAGCUGGGGACGACGCAGGCUUUGCGGCGCCGCCUGCUGGCCGAAGUGUGCAGCAAAUACCAGCCGGGCGUCGGCGAGCAGCUGGUGUCGCAGCGGCAGGUGUCCCGGGUGUACGUGGAGGACCGGUCCCACCUGCUGUACUGUGAGGUGCCCAAAGUCGGCUGCUCCAACUGGAAGCGUGUGCUGAUGGUGCUGGGAGGCGGCGCCACAUCCACGCGAGACAUUCCUCACGACGCGGCGCAUUAUGCCAACCACCUGCGGCGUCUGGAGAGCUACGACCGCGCCGGCAUCGCCGAGAGGCUCCUCUCCUACACCAAAGUGCUGUUCGUCCGCGAGCCCUUCGAGCGCCUGGUGUCGGCGUUUCGGGACAAGUUCGAGAGUCCAAACUCAUACUACCAUCCGGUGUUCGGACGCCCCAUCAUCUCCAGGUACCGCGCCAACGCAACUCGCGCUGCCCUGCGCACCGGCGCCGGUGUCACCUUUAGGGAAUUCGUGCAGUACCUGCUGGACGUGCGACGGCCAGUGGGGAUGGACAUCCACUGGGAGCCAGUCAGCCAGCUCUGUAACCCCUGCCUCCUCAGGUACAACUUUAUCGGAAAGUUCGAGAGCCUGAAGGAGGAGGCAGACUUCCUGUUGCAGAGUGUCGGGGCGCCACAGAACCUCACGUUCCCUGACUUCAAAGACAGGAACCCCCGAGCCGAGAGGACUUCCUCUAGGAUCACACAGAAAUACUUCUCUCAGCUCAACGCCACCGAGCGCCAGAAGGCUUUCGACUUCUAUUACAUGGACUACCUGAUGUUCAACUACCCCAAACCCUUCAAGGACCUGCACUGAGACCAGGACGGGGGCACUUACACCAGGAUCAUGGGGAGGAGAUCAUCAGGAUCUGGUUGGUGUGACGGUUCAGAGCGGUUUGAUAUGAAGCUAAACACCAGACUGUUAUACUGAGUUUGACCACCAGAUGUCUCUGUUGAGUAGAACAUAGAGAAAGUCCAGAAUCAGAAUGUGGAGACUCCAAUCCACCUGGUGGCAUUGCUGCACCUUAUUUGGCUUCAAAUCUAUUUCUUUGAGACUAAAAUGAAUUGCUCACCAGUGUGGGGUGAUGAUGUGGUGCAGGGAUACAAAUGAAAUGCAUUUUAUUUAUUUAUUCAUUUGUUUCCUGGUGACAGCUCUGCACACUCAGUCCGGUGUUAACUGUCAGCUCCUCACAACAGAAACCCUGCAGACGGAGCAGCUGUAGUCUCUGUCCUGAGAUCUGCAGCAGCUGGGAAACAAUACAAUAUAACAGCAGGAAGUCCAGCUCAAGGUCUGUCUGUGAACUUUGAAUUCACUCCCAACAACUAGAUCAGAUUUACUCUUGUCAGCAGCAUCUCUCCCCUUUUCCUUUAUUUUCCUCCGUCAGUGUCCUCCUCUGUCUCUCCCAUCUCUUCUGUCUCUUCUAUCUCCUGUUCUCUAUUCUCAUGUGUCUCCUCUCAGUGUCCACUUCCGUCUCUUCCGUCUUUUCUGUCUCUUCUGUUUCUUCUCUGUCUUCCAACAACUAGAAGUCAGAUUUACUCUUGUCAGCAGCCUCUUGCUCUCUCCCCUUUUCCUUUACUUUCCUCCAUCAGUUUCCUCCUCUGUCUCUUCCGUCUCUUCUGUCUUUUCUGUCUCCUCUCUGUCCUCCAACAACCGGUAGUCGGAUUUACUCUCGUCAGCAGCCUCUUGCUCGGUCUCUCUCCUCUUUUCCUUAAAUUCCUCCGUCUCUUCUGUUUCUUCUCUGUCCUGACAUCUGUAGAAGCUGCAGGUUUCCAGCUCACUCAGCUAAAACAACUUUUAUGUUUGUUACGUCGUCAUAUUUUUUAUUAAUAAAGCAAUAAAGUGAGAUUCAGCGCCUUGAUGCCGUCGGCUCAAGUUUAGGUUUGCAGCAGGUUGACAGGAUGCUGCUGGUCACUGAUGUCCUGUGGGCUUUAAAUAUGCACUAUAGUUCAAUAUGUGUGUUUAAUAUACAAGUGAUUUGUUUGUUUUUUUCUGUUAAAGAAUCAGAUUCACUCCUGAACAAAAACUCUGACAUUUCAACAAACUUUAUUCCUCUCUUUAAAAACAAUUCAGAAACUUUUACACAGGACUGACGUACUGCCUCAGAAAUUUUUCUUUCAUUCUUACUAAAUUACUGUUCAUACAGUAUUAUUUACUGCGAUUCUCAGAUUAUUAUUCUGUGUGAUUUAGUUUCAUACUAAUAAUCAUUCAGUUAAUAUAUUAUCUUGGAUUAAGUACUCAUGAAUGAGCAAAUAAACAACUUUAUUUUGACAUGUUUUUGACAGGGUAUGUUCUCUGUGCAUCUUUAACCUCUUGAUUAUUAAAAAAAUAAUAAUAAUAAUGUUGCAGUUGACGAAAUGUUUAGGAGUUUGUAAGAAGGGGUUCAUCUGCAUCGUCAAAUCUUUAUUAUUUAUCUUCAUUCAGUGAACUUCUGCUGAUCGACUGUUUGAACUUCAUAUUUUCUCUGAACGUCUCUGCCAAGAACAAACUUAUUCCUGUUUCUGUUUCUGUUGGACGGCAUAAAAACUCAGUUUUUCACCUGAGUGUUGUUUUUCCAGGAAAUAAAUGGUAAUGGCUAGUGAAGUGACAAUGAAGCUUCAUGAACCAUUUGCUUUAUUUUUUGAUCCCACUAGAUGGCGGUCUUGGCCUCUAGCAAUGGUAAUUGAGUGUGUUUUCAGCCCUUUGUUGAACAAAUAGCACCAUCUAGUGGGCACAGAAAAUAAAGAAAAUGGUUCACGAAACUUCAAUGGACUGCACUUAUAUAGUGCCUUUCUAGUCUUUUCGACCACUCAAAGCGCUUUAACACUACAGACUGCGCUCAUUCACCCAUUUACACACACAUCAUUCUGGUGGCUGACUCUCAUUCUUCUAGCCAUUUUUAGUUGCUUAUAAAGGUUGAAAUACCAGAGGAUGUGAGGCUCCGCCCCCUCAGGUGAAACAGAGUUUUUAGUGCGUCCUGUUCUGUCGCAGCUUCAGUGAAUUUACUCUGAACAAUCUCAAUGACUUCUGUGAAGUUUGCUUCACUUUAAUUUCUUUGAGACUUCGUCCACAGAGACACACCUGGACUACAGCCAGCUGCAGCUUCUUCUUCUCUUCUUCCUUUAGGAGACAGCAGCUGAUCAGAUCUAUAGAAAUUUAAAGUGAUCGAUCUGACAUCAAAGUGUCUUAAUGUGGAGGAAGUUCACCUAUUGUGUCUAUAAACAUUGACUGUGUGUGUUUGUUUGUUGUGCUUGUUAUCAAAGAUUCACUUUAAUUUUGUGUCUCGUGGCGUUGGACUGAUGAAAAACGGAGACAAGCUCAAAGCCUUAACACUGCCAUCUCACUGAUCUGAUCUCUGAUUCAUGUCCAUAUUAAUAAAAGUGUUUUUAUCCACAAA